UUCAGAUAAUCUCUGUAGUCUGUGGUUCAGAUAGACAUCAUUUUUUGCGGACAGAAUUGCGGACAAUUUUUCGUAAAUGAUUAAAAUCAGAUCAAAUAUUUUAUAGAGUAACUAAUUUCAGUUCUGAUUUAUUUUAUUGUAUUGUUUGUUUCGUGUUAUACUAUGGCAAGUACUCCAGAAAUUACCGGCCCUGUUUCACAGGAGGACAUAGAGGCCGCUGAGAAAUUAAAAAAUGAAGCUAAUGAAUAUUUUAAAAAGCAAAAUUACAAUACUGCCAUCGAAUAUUACUCGAAGGCGAUAGAGAAAAACCCCAAUAAUGCUGUGUUCUACGCCAAUAGAAGUAUAGCGAAUCUCCGGCUAGAGAUGUUUGGUUACGCCUUGAUGGAUGCAUCGCAAGCUAUAGAAUUGGACAAGUCUUACACUAAGGCUUAUUACAGAAGGGCUGCUGCACACAUGUCGCUAGGGAAGUACAAAUUAGCACUUAAGGACUUUGAAUAUGUAACCAAAGUUAGGCCAAACGAUCAAGAUGCUAAAAUGAAGUAUAAUGAAUGUAAUAAAAUAGUGAAGAAAAUUGCAUUUGAGAAAGCUAUUUCUGUUGACAAAAAGGAAGUUAAUAUUGCUGAUUCUAUCAAUUUAGAUGCUAUGACCAUUGAGGAUGAAUACGAGGGCCCUGCAUUAGAAGAUGGUAAAGUUACUCUGAAAUUCGCCACAGACCUGAUGGACUACUACAGGCAACAGAAAAAACUUCACAAGAAAUAUGCUUACAAGAUCUUAAUAGAUGUGAAAGCGUAUCUCCAGAAGCAAUCUUCGCUAGUCGACAUUAAGGUACCCGAUGACGCCAAGUUCACAGUCUGCGGGGACAUACACGGGCAGUAUUACGACCUCAUGAACAUAUUCAAGCUCAACGGGUUGCCGUCGGAAAAUAACCCUUAUUUAUUUAAUGGGGACUUUGUAGACCGAGGCUCUUUCAGUGUGGAAUGCAUCUUCACAUUGUUUAGCUUUAAACUAUUAUACCCAAACCACUUCUAUAUGUCAAGAGGAAACCACGAGACCCGAGACAUGAACCGUAUGUACGGCUUCCAGGGGGAAGUGACGUCAAAGUACAACGCACAUAUGGCCGAUUUAUUCACGGAAGUUUACAACUGGCUACCAUUAGCGCACUGCAUUAAUAGCAGGGUGUUAGUAAUGCAUGGAGGACUUUUCUCUAUGGAUGACGUCACGCUCGACGACAUCAGAAAAGUGGACAGGAACAAACAGCCUUCGGAGGACGGUAUAAUGUGCGAGCUGCUAUGGUCAGAUCCGCAGCCUAUGGCUGGCCGGGCGCCGUCCCGCCGCGGCGUCGGAUGCCAAUUCGGACCGGACGUGACGUCAGCGUUCCUGGAACGAAACGGGCUCGACUACAUCAUACGCAGCCACGAGGUCAAGAACGACGGUUACGAGGUCGCGCACGACGGCAAGUGCAUCACCGUCUUCUCUGCGCCCAAUUAUUGUGACACGAUGGGCAACUUAGGUGCCUUUAUCACAAUGAAUGGGAAGGAUCUAACGCCGAACUUCACCACCUAUGCGGCUGUGCCUCAUCCUGACGUCAAACCCAUGGCAUACGCGAAUUCGUUCUUCAGUCUACUCUGCCAAUGAUCGCGCCAAUUGCAGCUGUCCCCAAACCGGAAACGGAAAGGGUGUACUAUCCUCCAUUUUGUCAAGCGCGCCUAUCGUAAUAGCGGCUGAACCCAGCAACGGUGAAAAGUGAGGUGCAUAUUAUAUCACAAAUAAAAAAAAUAUAAACAUUUAUUUUAAUUAUAUAACCAUUAAUUUAGAUACUGUAAUGAAGAGAGUUCAGAUAAUGAGUCACUUUAGAGAAGUUACUAUAUUCGACCAAAAUGUAAGUAGUUUUAUUACUUGUGUUAUAUUUGAAUUAUUUUAGAGAAUACACAGCUCAUUUUUUAAACUUCAUAGUGUAGAUUGAAAGCAAACAUAAGAUUGUAUGUUUUUUUCCCCAAUAUAUGACGAUUUUAUACUGUAGAAAGGGAUUUAGCUUCUGUGGAUAUUUGAAACUAAAUUCGGUUCAGCUUAAGUCAUCUUACUAUACACUAGUGUUUCACAUCAGCUCUAAAUAAUGCAUAAUAUGUUUUCAUACUUGAGCUAUUAAUAAAUAUUCACG